AGCAAUUACUAGACUAGCAAACAGCAUACUUGGCCAGUAGGAAGCCAUUGCUUGGCUGCACCUAGCCAUCGAUGAGCCUCCCAUUGUGUCUGUACCAGAUGGACGUUUAUUUUGAAGAGUCAUGGAAAGCUUUGACCCCCAAUUAAUUGACCCCAAUUUUUUCCCCUUUUCAUAUUCAUUUAUGUUUUCGACAAACAUUACUUUAACAAUAUUCCGUUUUAUAGAAUUAAAUUGGGGUCACAAGACAUCUGGACGACCCAAGGUGAACAGGAAACGGUUGUGAUUACUGGCCAAGUAGCAUUGCCCGGGCCUGGCUCCCAAUCGUUAACGUCUCUAAAUGAUUGCGAAAAGCGGGCAUGGCCUAGCAGUCGGCGUGGUCUUGGCGGUGUCUAAGAGACCUGCAGCCUUCACAGGAAGCGCUACCUGAUGGAUAGAUUUAAAAUGAUGUGUGUUGCUUUUCUUACAGGUUUCGGGAUUGUAGAUCGUGACCUACCUGGAAAAGAUGUGCAAAAUAUUGCCGUUGAUGAAUACAACAUUACAUUAAAUUGGUAUUAUCACAACUACCCUUUUAUUGCCACGAGAAUAACCUCAAAAAAAGACUUCAGAUACAUAGCUCAUCGAAUUGAUAACAUCACCGGUGGGAGCGAUACGGUCAUAGCAAUCUCCCUCGGCGCUCAUUUCACACCCUUCCCUCUGCACGUGUUUCAAACGAGAAUGCACAACAUUAAAGCGGCAGUGGAGAAACUCCUGAUUCGAAGCCCUCAAACGAAGGUCAUUGUUAAAUUAUCCAACGUGAGAGAAAACAGCGGAGUGGCGAUCUUUAAUAACUGGAACACAUUUAAGCUUAACCAAGUCCUCUUGGAAGUGUUUAAAACCAUGAAUGUGGCAUUUAUUGAUGCGUGGGAUAUGACUGCUGUACUUAACUCUGCUAAAAUUCACCCAAAUGAGCAUAUUGUAAAAAACCAAAUUGAUUCGUUUUUAUCUUUUGUUUGCUAAUCUUUUUCUUUUAACGUCUUGUAUAUCUAACUUGCGAAUUACAAUCAAAGACGAUACGUACAUUUUGUUUUUAUGUAUAUAAAUAUCAUUAUGAAGUGAAAUGUUUUCAUGUGAAAUAAAUAAAUACCUCUCUGAUUUAAA